AAUUACAUACCUACAUAUGUAGGUAACCUCAAGUACUGUAUUUGAGUGUUACUUUUUCUCGUCCACGUGCGAUCAAUACGGGUAAGUGGGUACAAGUUCUUAAUGCUUUUUCCCUUUUCUUUCUUUUCCCAAAUUGAGGCUUGAAGCACCCGAUUCUUCGCGUCAUAUGAUUGGAAGUAUUUUUGUACUCGCCUACAAACAAUGCCAUCAUCACCCUAUUUCAAUUGCAUGCAAGUGCCGGCCUAUCUUUCUCGUCUCACCCAAAUACCUUGCAUACAUAAUAUAUGUACGUCUAUGUAUGUACAUGCUCUUAUGUAUGUACGUAUGUACAUUCAUACUAAGGUACAUGCAUCCCCGUAUAUGUAUCCCUAUCAUUCAUUGUAUCCAUUUUGUGUCCAUCUUGGAGGUCAUAUACCUAAUCUUUCUCAUACCUAAUAUAAGUAUUGCACAGACUUCCUCUACCUUAUCUGUCAAUGGGUAAAGC